AUGGCGACGUCCGUGGUGCACCGGUUCCUGCGAUUACUGCACGGGGUCGCGCCGUGGCGGAGCAGCCUCCAUCACCGUGAGAUCACUGCCCUGAGCCAAUCUCUACAGCCCUUGUGGAAGCUGCCUUUUAGAGCCUUUCGCACAGAUGCCAGAAAAGUCCACACUGCUCCUGCCCGAACCACGUUCCUGCUGCGUCCCCUGCCCAUUCUGUUGGCGACAGGUGGCGGGUAUGCAGGGUACCGGCAGUAUGAGAAGUACAGGGAGCGAGAGCUGGAGAAGCUGGGAUUGGAGAUUCCACCCAAACUUGCUGGUCACUGGGAGGUAGGAAUGAGGCGGAACUGCCUUGGGUUCUUGUCCAGCAAACUGUCUGUCACUUUUCCAGUUGUUCCAAAGUUGAAAUGUUUGAACAAGUCAAAUAUGCUUUCUUGGAGCUCACGUCUCUGGUCGGUUUUGGCCAGAUACAGGACUUAUAACUUAGGUGUCAUGUCAAGCUUGUCUUCUGUCCCCAGACCUAACCCUGGUCUCCCCAAGGGUUCUAAGUAGAAAUUUCAUGCUGUUGAAGUCUCAGAGCGUACAUCUUGAAUUGGUGCUGACAUCCUGGCUGUUCUGCUAUUCUUUCCUUGUUAGUCGGAAGAGGGCUGAAACUAUUGAGCUUUUGUGAUGUGGAUUAGUUCUCACCAGGAACCAGACAGAAAUAAUCAAAUUCCUUUGUCAUUAUUGCUCAGAAUGCUUCCUUCCAUCAUAGUCACACGAUAGGG